ACACACCAAAUCGAAGCAUAUAUGACCGCAAGAAAGAAAAAGCUUCCACGCACGACGUGACAAAUAAUUCAUAACCUCAGGCCCUUAGCAAGAAUCCAGCACUAUCGCCAAGCGAAGCUAUGUGUGGGAAGCCACACAUUUGAACAUCGAUACUAUAUAUACAAGAGUUUACCAAAGAGAAGACACCACAAAUUCCAAAAAAAACUUAUAAUAAUAUAUAAACCCCGCAAGCAAAAUGAAGAGAAAUAAGGUGGUGACAAAUUCAAACACGUACGUCGUUGUUUUAGUAUGAUAUGGAUGGGUGUAGUAAUAGGUAGCGAGAGUUAUUGGAUCGAGUGAGUCACUCAAUAAUAUUAAUACUCAAAUGAAUAAUGGCGAUGAUGGGGAGAGGGAUACUGAUUAAGUACAACGAAAGGAGAUGAUAAAUAAUACAUAUAGAUGCAUACAUUACCCACCGCCCUGAGGAUUAUAUAAAUGACCCUUGUUUUCAUUUUGUUUUGUGUGUUAAUUAUCUAAGUGUCCCCAAGUGCAUGUCGCAAUUAAUCUUAUCACCUUGUACUUUGCUGGAGGUUUGGAGAAGUGUAGAUAGGGCGGCAAAUGAGUCGAGCGGAAUAAGUUUGAUCUAAUUCGUACUCAACUCGUCUACUAAAAUUUUGGCUCGAGUUCACCUUGUUAAUGAGCUCAAGAGUUUUAUUUGAGUUCGCCUCGUUGAUUAGGUUUGAAUCUCAGCUCGAGUUCAACUCAUUUAUCAUUCUACAUAGUUUAACUCCAAAAUUAAACUCGGUAAUAAUUUAUAAAUUAGAUACCUAAUAUCCUUAUAUCAUGUAUAAUUCAUGUGUUAAUUUCAUGAUGAAAAAGGAAUAAUAGUAGAUUUUUUUGCCAUUAAUUUAUCUGUUGUUUAUGUACUUUGUUGGUAUCAUAUUAUCAAGUUAAUAAAUUUUAACUAGUUCAUAAUAGUAAUUAGGACUUAAUAAGCAUUCUAUGAUACCUGAUUUCUCUUUUAGAUUAGAAAAAUGAUGUACUUACUCAAGUGCUUAAAUUCUUAAUUAUUAUUAUAUAUAUAGUGAGAUACAUAAUCUAACAAAUCUAUGAAUUAUAAAAAUCAAACUUGUAAAGCUAUAGGUCGAUUUAGACAUAAGUCGUAAGUUGAGUUGGCUCGCUAGCCACUCUGUCAAACCAACUCGUGAGCUCAAAACAUGCCAUCUCACCAGUUGAGCUCGACAAACCACUCAAUCACGGAGCUCAAAUUAGGCUCAUUAAUAAAUAAACUGAAUGUCGAACGAGUUUUUUUCGAGACAAACUUUGAGUAGCUUGUGAACAACUCGACUCACUUGCCACUCUAGACGAGAGAUAGAUAGUAUGAUUGUUCAUUAGACGUGUAGGAGAGGCCUAAAAUGUUGGAUGUUAGAUAUACCCUUCAAUUAUAAUACUACUACUACUAUUAUUAUUAUUAUUAUUAUAAUAUAGCUAGUAGUAGACUUUCUGAAAUUUUGCUUACAAAUGCAUCUAUUGAAAAUUUAUGAUCUCACUAACCGGGGCAAUACCAACAAAAAAAAACAAGUUUCGAUCUCUUCUCCUAUCGGUGUUCAAACGGUGUGGUUACCAUUGUAAUCGUUUUAACCGGUAAUAUUUGACUAAUUUGGUUUGGUUAUUUGUGUAAUUGGUUUGGCUAAAAUUUUAACUUAUUUGGUUUAUGUGGUUUGGUUUGGUUCAGACACUCUUAACGAAUCAAACCAAACUAACCAGUUAAGUAAUUAUCCAUAUAUCUAAUAUAUAUUAUAUACAUAUACUUAAUACUUGGUAGUUGGCACUUGGCAUAACCACUCAAGAGCCAAACAUUCCUUCCUCUUAGACUCAUCAACAAUAAAGCUCAAUAUUAUUUCUAUAUUGUAUAUUUGUAUUUGUAGAGUGUAGACAUGAUAUAUAAAAACUUGAAAAAAGUAUUUUUCAAAUUAUGAUAAUUGUUAAGAGACUAAUUCAAGUCACACAAUCACAACAAUUAAUUAACUCCAUACUGUUGACAUAUAUUUUUUUAUUGGGUGAAUACUUCUAUUAUUAUUAUUAUUAUUAUUAUUAUUAUUAUUAUUAUUAUUAUUAUUAUUACAUGAAAAGAUAAAAUGGGUGGAGGUUUGGUUUGAAUUAUUAAAAUUUUCGAUUCUCCCAAAUCUUUGAAAAUCUUACAUUAACCUUACACGUACCCCCCCUCUUUUUUCCCAUGAAACCCAGUGCAUGGGGUGACGAUGAUGAGUGAGUCAAUGCCGGAUUGGAUUUGGUUUCCAGAAGUAGCAACCGACCAUCACCCAUCUCCCUCAUUACGUUUCAGUUUCACCACUCUUUCUUCUUUUAAUCAACACUUCACACUUGUAUAUAUUAUAUUAUUCAUCGAGGUUGUCUUGUCUACAUGAUAUUAAUGAUUCACGCACUCGACCGAGCUCCCCAUGCAGUUCAACUCACUAACCCUGUAUAUAUAGUAAUGGAUGCAUGGUUUUCGAUCGACAGAAAAAUUAAACCAACCGAUCAACCACGGUCCACGCUAAUUAAUUAAAUGUACAUCUAUGUAUGUCAUGUGAUUCUUAAUUAUAAUGCGAUAUGACAUUAUUAUGUUGGAUGCGAAGUAAGGUUUGGUCUCCGAUAUCGACCGUUGAUUCUUAGUUUGAAGACUUUAGAUCCGAAUUUUGCAUGGCUUCCACUCGAUCUCCUCACGAAAUGCCUUCAAUAACGUAUAAAAACGGAAAUGGAGUAAAAUAAGUCGCAAUACAAUCACUUCAUUAGAUCAUUGGAGGAAAAGUUAUAUAAGAAAAAAUUAAUAUUAAUUUUGGUCACUCUCCUGUAGCCUCUAUCCAACUCCACUCACUCGAAUUAUUGAAACAAGUCACAUUUAGUCACUCGAAUUACUGAAACAUGUCGAUCACAUUUAGUCACUCUCCAGUUAGUCAAUGGAGUUGGACGGAAACUAACUGGAGAGUUACUAAAUGUGACUAGUUUUAGUAAUUCGAGUGACCAAAAUUAAUAUUAAACAUUUUCUAAUUUCUAAACAUGACACGAUUUAGUAAUCUCAGUGAUCAAACGGUGGCAUUUACCCAAAAAUUCCAUACGACAAACUAGCUAGCUAGUAAAUGCAUUUUGCACUUUUUGUUGAGCUUUCUUUUCUGGUAGUGGCCGGGUCUUGUCAACUGUUAACCCACCCACCGUGACCCCGGCGGUCAAGCUAAUUGUUUCACAUGGGACGACCAUCCAAUCCAAAUCCUCCACGAUCCAUUUUUUCCCCCAUCUCCCACCAAAUCUCAGAUUAUCUAAUUAUACAAUGUAUCUGAUCAUGAUGAGCGCCCACCUGUCCUUUUGGGGAUCUGUAUCGCCAUAUGUAUGCAUGCUCCCCAAAUUGGCCGCAUUAUAUUAUCAUGUCUCAUCGAUCGAUCUUCACCAAAUCAUAUCUCUGCAGAGCAGAGAUUGUUCCUCACACGCAGCAAGCAACAACUGCAUGCCACCUCCAACUUACACAAUGGGUCAUAUACCACAACACUAACACGCCCUCUCAAACGAAAGCCACUCACAAGGGCUUGGAGUUUGCAUAGGUCUGAAGACAAGAAUACCAUGUGCUUAACAAAUGGGGGUCACCGGAAAUCGAACACAAGACCUCUCGGUCACAGAAGGCUCUGAUACCAUGUCAAGAACCCGUUGAUCCCAAUAACUCGAGUUGUUGGGAGAGGUUCAAUCAUGAAUCAUAUACCACAACACUAACACUAUGAUCCAUAACAAAUCGUGAAAUUUUCAUAAAUGAUUGUCACUGCAUGCAUGCGUACUUCUAACGGUUGUGAAUCGCGAGUGAUCCCACAGUGUAUAUGCUGGAGGUAUUGAGAUUGAUUUGACUACUACCAGGUAAAAAAAAAAAAAAGGAAAUCAAGAAUAUUUCUUCUGGAAGUUAAGGAACUGAUUAAUUAGUUCGGAUUGUAAUGAAAUGGGGAUGGGAACGUGGCCAUAUCUGUAACCAGCCUGCAUAUAGAACAAAAACAUCACAGAGACACACGUACACAACAGGGACAACAACAAAAAAAGUCCCUCCUGAUGAAGAAGAAUGGAAUGGGUGGGUUAGUUUGGUUCAUGGGAAGCGUCAAAUUAAGGUACGUGGUUCAACACCACGUGCACUUCGUUUAAUUUCUAGGGUUUAUUUGUUGAAGAUCCACGCUGUCGACGUGGCGAUUCCAGGUCCGUCCGCUUUUACUUUUACCAUGAUGCCCAAUGCAUACCCGACAAAUGGUUGUUAAUUCAGGAAGGUCGCCGACUUCCUUGACAAUCCUCCCAAAUUUGGUAUGCUUUCUUCGAUAGAUAUUGGAUCCUUCUUUCUUGGUACUGGAGUCUGAACUCAUUGAUUACAAGUUACUGUCUUCAUCAGCUUUCGUGUUCAAUCUUAGCCAUUAUCUAAAUCUAUCUCUUACCCCUUCUUAACAUCCAUUAUUAUAAACGGGGCGUAUAUAUGGUUGUGUUCUUAAUAAGUUUGGAAAUAAUAGCGCUAUUCAUAUGAAAUUUUAUUGGGUAUAAAUGAUUGAAAGUUAUUAGUACGGUAUGCCUAAUUGAUGGGCCGAGUUUAUUGAGCUUACCCUAGCUCAAAUUUGGCUUGGCAAAGCGAGUUCGAUUCAAGAUAAAGUGGGACAUGAAAUUUAAAAAGAUAAUUCAAAUUUGACUCAUUUUUUAAAUUUGUAAGUCAAGCUCGUCUCGAGCUUGAUUCAACUAGUGAGCUUAAUUAUGCUCAAACUCAACAUGAAUUUGAAUGCGAAAUUGUAUCAACCUUUUGAAAUAAGGGAUAACAACAUAACCAAAAAAUAUUUUGAAGAAGAACAUAACAAAAUAUUCAUUUUAGUCUCUAGCAUAUUUAGAUCUCUCUAUUCAACAAAAGGGUGCUUAAAUUUUUAACAAAUUAUUACUAGCUGUACAAACUCAACUGUUAAGUAAAAGAGCCACUUCAGAAGUUAGUUAAGUUUAAUAAGAUGCGACGAAUACGUAACUCAUCAAAAAAUGAGUCCAUUCGCGAGCCAAACUCUUCUGAUAACGAACCGAGUUCUCUCGCAUCGAAGAUGGAACCGUUUGCGAAAUGCGAGCAGUGUGUGAUUAAGCAGUAAACUUAAGUGCUAACCGAGGGAAAUGAUUUUUCAUUUUGAUCCAAGUUGAGGGAAAUCUUCUGUUGGCUGAUAUGGUCAUACCGUCGCCGGCCCGUUUAGCCCACUUCAGUGUUUGAUGAUAAUAUAUAUAAGUAUCCCAUGAUUUAUUUCAUUACUGAAUUUGCAAUGUAUGAAGCCCAAAUCCAACUGCUGAUACAAUAAACUUCAAAAGAAGCGAAAUCUUUUCUCGGUCUAUUGGUAUACAGGAGCAGACUCUUACACCAAAAUUGUGGCAAUUAGCAUCCGUCCAUCCAUGGUUAACAUUGGCCAAUAUAUGGGCCCAAACUCUGAAUACUGGACACUGUAAUCCACUAAUUGUACCUAAUGGGCCAAUAUGUUGGUUCUGCCGCUGAAUGCGCGAGUAUAAGCUGGGCUUCCAUCUGGAUCAGAAGCCUAAAAGAUAGUGGACGUCAGUAUGGGCUGAAUGGACUGGCUAUUGAACGCUAUGGACUAGGGUACAGACUCGCUAAAUAGAAAAAUUACAUCUUUAUACCCAUCUGCCUGCUAAUAUGCACAGACAGGCAAAGGAGGAGUAGAAGAAUAUGGGCGAUCCCAGUUAUGGCGACAUAAAUUUUCUUUGGAUAAGUAAAACAUAAUGAGAAGUUUAUCAUCACCAAAUAUGUCAAAGGUACAAAUAUUUUGAAAUGUUUCAUUCUUUUAUAAAAAUAUACAUUUAUUUCAAAUGUCCAAAUUUCCACUUGUCCUUUCAAUUGAUCGAGGUUCAUUUUUUAGUCACUCGUUUACUACAUUAUACGAUAAUUUAUUAUUUAUCACUCAUCAUAUCUAGGUGUUCGAUUUUUGUGAUCAUCUCCGGUAAGUAUUAGCAAAAUGUUAACUUCAUGUUAUUUCAUUUUCUCGGGAAAUUGGAAAGUUUUUUUUUAUCAAUUCCUUGAAAAUCAAGCUCAGGUCUAAACUAAUUGGCUUUAUAUUCAAAUUUGACAUGAAGAAUGUAUAUGAACACACUCACUCGAAUUUUCUGUUCCAAGUUACCAAUUUCCUCUCCCCGGCACAUGUCAAACACUGACAUGGAGCUUCUCAAUCCUCAGUUAUUUUUCCUUUUUAUAAGACUCAGUUAUCUUAUUCAACAUUUGAUGUCUGUGUGUGCUUUCACAGUGGUGGCGGUGGUUAAUUAUUAAUAAACAUUACAGCUUAAUUUAUCGGUAAGUACUCUCACAUUUGAUCUAUUGCGACUAAUCUAUAACUGAUUAAAAUAAGUCCACCCGACCAACAAAAGGUGUCCAUGAUUUCAUGAUCAAGCCUAAUUAAUGUGGAAUAUCGCGGCUCAACUCAGAGCUUAGAGUUCACAUCAAUCAUGGUUUCAUGAUAUUGGGAAAUUAACUGGAAAGCUCCUCGAUAAUGGAGAGAUGAGUUCUAAAAGUAAAAGCCGAUCGACGACUGAAAGCUUGUUCAUACCUUAACAAUCCUCAUUAGUGCUCCCUUUUCUCCUGUACCUUUCGAUCCAGAUAACAUAAACAACAAUUGCUUCAUAUAUAUAUUACUCGAUCCUCUCCAUCAUCAUUGCUUCAUAACACUUUCCCACUUCCCCUUCCCCAUUCUUUUGGCAGAUGUAAAUGACUGAUUGGUUCCAAUGAUUAAAAGACAAUCUAACUUGGCUUAGUGUCAUUAAGUUGAAGCAUCUCCCAUCAUACCAUCAAUUUUUGCUUAGGUACUAAGAUGUCCAAUUUUAGGUAUGGUUUAAUGUAAAUAUACUUAAUACUUAUGUCCAUGCCUGCACGUGGGAUAGCGUUCUUGUCAACAAUAAAACUUGGAGGAGCCAUGUAGAAGAUAACAAUAGCAAAACAAGACUUGAAGGGAUAAUUGGUUACUUAACAAAACCCUAAUUAAUAACGUACGAGAAUGAAUGUCAAUAAGAGUUUGGACUAGUGGUACUAUUACUGAUUUCUAACUUGGAUGUUAUAGGUUUGCAUUACCUAAGUGACACCUAAUAUUAAAAACAACCAUGUGUGUCACCAUUAUAAAAAAAAAAAAUUGACGAUUCCAAUUCACCAAGGUAUAUCGAAGUACAUCUGAUAGGUGUUAACGCAUGUGUAUAUUAUCCGUUAGGCGUACGCUAACUUUUGUCACACACACAAACUAAAGGAUGGUGUGUACUUGAGUAGCAUGUGGCUCUCGUAGCGAUUUAGUUGUUGGAUGUAAUUUAAUGUACUUUGAUGAAUCUGAAUUAUCGAUUAAUUUUGUUUAUGAUGAUUAUAUUGAUUUCUGCGUUUGGGUCUAGAGAUGAGAAUUAGGACAUAGGUGGUCAUCCAAUAAAAGUUAGAAUGUAGUACCAUAUCUCAAACUCUUGUUAAUUCCAUUAUCCAGAUAGUGUCAAAUCCAAUAUAAGUAUUAAAGUAUCAUAUGCUCCCAAAAUACUCGAUUAUGAUCACGGAUGGCCUUGAUAGCUAAUAGCUAUGUUAUUUAACUUACAAUUGUGCAUUCGGUACAACUUUAGUUGAUAACUUUUUGUAGCUUACUUCACAUUUUCAACCGUUAUAUCCUAUCAUACGUCUAGUGCAUGUACCUCUAACCUUACAUUACAUUCAGUGAAUUUUGUUAUUUAGAUUAAAACUAAUAGAAAUUUUGAGUAUUAUAUAACCUCUAAUGGAUGAAUCUCAAUCUGUAAUUUUCUAAAAUGAUUUUCUAUUUUGAUCAUGAAUAGAUGUCGAGGGACUUGAGAGUACAGAAAUAUAUGGACGAUCGUAUAGAUAAUGAGAAGACUGAGAUUGAUCAUUAAAUUCAAUAAAAAACUUUAAAUAAAUCUCCAUGAAAACUAUUCGUGAAUGGCUGAGAAGCUAUCCUAGCCUGUUUCUCGAUUGGUUACGUGGUGAUCGGGAUCAUAGAAGAAGAAUUCUGUGUGGUGGGGGGAUAAAUAGGAGAAUGCAGUUAAUGACAUUUCGAGAAAUUCGAAUAUUUUGGUUAAGAAUGUCAGCAAACUGUCGUGUGUAUCCUACUUUCCUUUCGGGCGUGGGGAGUUGGUGGGCGAUAGACUCGUGGGUUUGCUGGGUUGUUGUGGGCCCAAAGUCGCACAUCAUCCGUGGGCUUUUCCUUCUAGAAGCCUGCCUAAUCACCACCCAAGCCAAGUUCCUUCUUACCCCAAACUCCCAACAUCAACAUCUCCCCAAAAAAAAUUAUUAGCCUUUAUUAUUUUUUAAUUGUGCGAUUAGUCUUUAUUAGUAGUAUUGGUCUUAAGUAAUUAGUGAUCUACACCCAGCAGUCCAGUUAAAUAAUAUUUUAAGUACUUUUAUCUGAAUGGAGUAUUAAUCGUCUUAUGAAUAGUAACCAACGUGAAGCAUGUAAGGAGUAUAAUCCAAUUUUCGUCGAUAAGACUGUAAGUGAGACCUAUAAGCUAUCAAAGGCCUUCAAAGAAUAACAAUCACCAAGAAUCUACAAGUCUCAUUAUUAGAAUGCUUAAUGUUUUUUUUUUUUUUGGACAAAUAUUAGAAUGCUUAAUGGAUGAGAGGAAAAAAACAAGGUUAUGAGGGUGGCAUUGCUGAUUCUGGUUUGAACUAGUUACAUUAUAAAUUUAUGUGUUUGUUUUUAUAAUGAUGAUAUCAUGUUGUUUAUUAUAAAGAUGCCUGAAACUGUUGAGGCGAGUGUCCACUUUUCGGAAUUUAUGGUCUUAUCGUCUGGAUAAAUAUUUCAAUAUGGCUCUCACUUUAUAGUCAACUCAUUUAUACAAUAAAUAAAAAUCAAAUGAGAAAACUUGAAGCCCCAUUUCAAAUUUCUUGCAUCCAGAGGGAAAGUAGGAAUACAUUUUGAUCUUCACAAUUACUUUUUUUUAUUCAUUAAAAAGACAUUUAUUAGGAUUCAAACCAUGACCACUUCAAAGAAAAGCAAAGAUCAUAACCAAUCACACUAAGUACAUUUGUUGUAUCUUUUUAAAUUCAAAACAUAUAAUCGCAGAGAGUAAAAAACCCUUCCCCCAUUUCAAAUUUCCUACUCCAAGAGCGUUUGUAGGAAGGGUAUAAUGGGAGUGUCGAUUUUUUUCCUUUUUCCUCUGUGGAACAGGCCAACUUACCGCACACAUGCGGAUUUAAAUGGGUCUAGGAGUGUCAAUUUUUUUUCUUUAAGUCCUUUUAUUUCUCCGUGGUGUUAAAAUAUAUAUGAAAAGGCAAAAACAAUACUCCUUUUUAUUGCUAAAAAUAAAAAAAUUUAACAAUAAACUAAUGCAUGGAUUCUAAUGGGCUAACCGCUAAUCAUAAAAUAAAAGAGUUGAAUGGGCCUGAACUACACGGGAUUUGCCCAUCAAAUAAAACAAAUGAACAUCAUGGGUUUGCCAUUCUAAAACAAGCUAUUUUCUCUAGCAUAAUAUAUAUUAUAUUAUUAUUUUAUAUCUUAGUGGCUAAAAUAUAAUGUAUUUUAGAGUUAUUCAAUGGUUCAACCUCGACCAACCCAAUUAGUCCAAUUUUUAUCAUUUCAAAUAUAUAUUAUGUAAUUAUUCGAUAUCAUAAUGAUUAAAUUAUAGUGUAUAUUAUAGGGAAUUGUUUGGUAUUUGUUAGUAAAAAACUAAACAGAAAGAUCUAUUUGGUUAUUUUUAACAUUAAAACGAUCCUAAACAUUUUCAGUUUCCUUUCGAAAUUCUAUAGUUUUAUUCCCGAAUCAGUGAUGUGCAAAUGGCGAAUUGCAGUCAUCUCUUUUCUUUCAUUAUUUUUUAUUUUCAAAUAGAAAGUUUAAAAGUAAAGAAUCAUUAUAGUUUGGCAUGGGUCGGUCAAACAGGCUGAAUUUCAAGUUUUGAACCGUUUUGAUCAAGUCUAAUUUAUAAUCACAUGGUUCCCUGAUACCCGAUAAAAAUCUCAAUCCAAACCAGUUUGGCAGGUGAGUCCGUGUUUACCAUCAUUUUCUAGGGAUACAGGAACGGUGGUUCCUAUCCCAAAUCGUGUUGUUCAUUCUUGAUUUCUUUAGAUUUUAUCAUGGCUUGGCAAAAAACUAGAAAGCACAAUGAUGACAAGAUGAAAGUUUUAUAAAGCAAAUUAAUCGACCAACGGGCCGAGUAAAAGCUAGCAACGAUUGUGAGAUGCUCAUAUCCCGAAAACCGGCGGGAUAUGCGAUUUUUUAUUCGAUUUUCUGGAAUUCGGUUUCCAUAAAACUUACUCCACCUCAUCAUAUUACCAGAAACAAUAUUGUUUCACAAGGUAACAUGUACUUGACUUUGGUUCAUAUGGCUGAUUUUUGAUUCGUUGCAUCAUUCAUGUCUCUUUCCUACUAGAAUUCACUAUUUUUAUCACGUGUUUCCCACAAAAAAAAUUAUACACCAAUAAGCUAUACACUCCAUUACAUUAUCAAAUUUCAUACCUCACAUUCCUCCGGUCAAAUGGCCGGGGCCACGCUAGUUUAAGUAUUAGACAAAGAUAGCAAUACAAGGGCUUUUCUGCUGCUGGCAAAGAGACCUAAUGGAAGUAUUAGCCAAGAGCAUGAAUAUUUGGUUCAAGGGCAUACCAGGGCUGCUGAACGUGCCUUCGAUCUCCUUCUGCUUUCUUCGAUUAUAUUCUAGUAUAUUGUUCUUGUUCUGGGUCUGAGAUCAGGCUCGUCCUUAAAAGGCAUAACCAUGUCUCUGGCUCUCUGCUACUAAUUACUAUGAACCACCAGGAAAAUACGUUACCAAUUAUCUGUUGUGAACGAUUAGCAUGCCUUUCUUGUGAUACUUGAAUAAUGAUAACAAUAUGACUAAUAACAGAACAAACAAAAAGAAGGCACAAAUACAUUGAAAGAUAUAAGAUUCAUACUUUAAUUUUAUUCAACAAUUCUGGUUAUUAUGACAAUUAAUACUUGACAUAGUAUCAAAGUCUUCAACGAAUAGAUCUCUUGCUAGAACUCUCAUGACCCCAAGUUCACCAUUAAUAUAACCACAAAAUAUAAUUAAUAUUAGUAAACUUUUAUGUAAAGGAACAUGUCAUAUAUGUAAGAGAGCUACAUAAGAUUCUCUAAUAACAUUCUCCCAACAACUCGAUUUAUUGUAAAAGGUUCAAUAUGAAUUUUAUAUAUCGAUUCCUUUUCUACAAUAUUGUGACCAAUUCUUUAUUCCCCGGUACCAAAAACUUGUUUGUGUUUCACCCGGUAGUCGUAUGCUCGAAUCUCCAGGACCCCUACCAACAUUAACAAUUGUUUUGCACAUUGUAUGAUAUACUGGUGCAAAGUUCAAUUCAUUAAUUGCAUUUCCUUCAAAAGAAGUAUAAAAUUUAUUAAUAACCUUCCCAACAACUCGAAAUUAUUGGGAAAGAUUUUCAGAAUGAAUUUUAAGUAUCUUA